AUGGGGGGCUGUUGCAGCUGUCAUAUUUCGUUCGAUUGCAAGGUGCAUCAUGUUUAUGAUGUUGCAUGUAAACAUGGUGGGGCUCGGGUCAUGUUAAGAGGAUCCUCUAAGUUUGUAUCAAUGUAUAGCCAAAAGGGUACCAAAGGAGUUAAUCAAGAUGCAUUCACAGUUUGGGAGGGCUUGAUUGGAAAAAAGGACAUGGUAUUUUGUGGUGUGUUUGAUGGUCAUGGUCCUAUAGGACACAAGUUUGCACGCUAUGUACGUGACAAUCUACCUUCAAAGCUCUCGGCAUCAAUCAAACAGUCACAACAAAAGGUCCUCGAAAACUAUGAUGCCAAUGCUACAAACAUAGGUAGCCAUUGUGAGGAUAACCAAAACAUGUCCUUUGCUUCAUGGGAGGGAACCUUUUUGAAUUCCUUCAAGGAAAUGGACGAAGACCUUGCUAGGAACAUCGACACCGAUGGCUUUCGUGGCGGUAGCACUGCUGUAACUAUAAUUAAACAGGGUGACCAAUUGAUAGUUGGAAAUUUGGGCGAUUCUCGUGCAGUUCUUUGCUCAAGAUCAGAUGACAACAAUCUUGUUCCUGUUCAACUUACUGUUGACUUGACUCCAGAUAUUCCAAGUGAAGCUUCAAGAAUCAUUAAUUCUGGUGGUAGAGUUUUUGCAGUAGCAGAAGAUCCAGCAGUAAAAAGAAUGUGGAUGCCUACAGAGGAUAGCCCUGGAUUGGCUAUGUCAAGAGCCUUUGGAAAUUUUUGCCUAAAAACCUAUGGCCUAAUCUCAGUCCCUGAUGUGUCUUGCAGAAAACUUACCAAGCAGGAUGAAUUUGUGGUUUUGGCUACUGAUGGGGUAUGGAGUGUGCUAACAAACAAUGAAGUGAUAAACAUAGUUGCUUCAGCACCAAAGAGGUCCAUGGCAGCAAAAUUGUUAGUCAAGCAUGCUGUUGAGGCUUGGAGACAAAAAUGUGGUUUCAAGGUUGAUGAUUGUACAGUCAUAUGCUUGUUCCUGAAGGAUUAG